CCACAGAGUUCGUUCCUCCCCUCGCAGUGGUACAACGACGCUGUGGAUAACGCACCGCAGCCGUCGGUCUUCCUCCACCGAAACCCCAGCCAAACUCCGCCACCGCCAUGCUCGCCCGCACGCGCCUCCCGCCACCCGCCCCCUCUCCCCACGUCGCCACCGGCGGCGGCGGCCGCGGCGUGGAGUUCCGCCGCAAGCUCCACUUCCUCUCGUCCGAGCUCCACCUGGACCCGUUCCCGCUCCUCGCCGCCAACCCCGCGCUCCGCUCGGCGCCGCUGCCGCUCCUCCGCGACUCCCUCCGCCUCCUCGCAUCCCACGGCCUCUCCGCCCGCGACGCUGCGCGCGUCUUCUCCGCGUUCCCGUCCCUCCUCACCUCCCCGCCCGGCGAGCCCCUCCGCUUCCUCUCCGCCGACGCGCCGCUCCCGCCGCCGCUCCUCCGCGCCGCGGUGGUCCGGUCCCCGCGCCUCCUCGCCGCGUCCGUGCCCGACACGCUCCACCCCGCCCUCCUCUUCCUCCGCCGCCGCGUCGCGCUCCUCCGGGAGCCGCUCCCGCUCGCCGCCGCGCUGCUCCUGGCGUUCUCCGUCGAGCGCACCCUCCUCCCCAAGCUCCUCUUCCUCCGUGAUGCCACUGGGCUCCCCGACCCCGCCGUCUGCGCGGUUCUCAGGCGUGCGCCAGCCAUCCUCUCCUACGGGAUAGAGACCAACCUCACGCCUAAGCUGCAGUUCCUCGCUGAGCGCAUGGGGAGGGACCCUGCUGCGGAGCUAGCCGAGUUCCCGCACUACUUUGCAUUCAGUUUGGAGGGGAGGAUCAGGCCGAGGCACGAGGCGUUGAGGGAUAGAGGCAUCAAAAUGUCGCUCAAGGAUAUGCUUACAAGCAACGAUGACGAGUUCAGGGAGCGGCUGAUCAAUGCGACGUUGUCCGACACCAAGGCGAGAUUGUGAGCUUGCAUUCAGAAGCACUGUGUGCUUGAUAACUGUAAUGUAUGAAAGGCAGUGCUUUCAGUUCGGCUUCAGUUAAACAAGAUUACCACCCACAAACAUCACCAAGACACAAAUGGCACCAGCAACAAUUUGGGGCAUAGACUAUGUUUCACAUGUCAUUUCAAGCUCAGCCUUAACUGUAAGGCUGAUUGAAGUUCUCCAGGAGAUAGGCAUGGAAAUGUCGCCUGAUUGAAUGGCUCAACGGAUAAUCACUUGUACAGUAUCAUACAUGCAGCAAAGUUUCCUCCACUUGCCGUGGUGGAAGAAUGGGCUUGAUGCAUGAGUUGUUGGAGAACAAAGGGCAGUGAUGAACAGCCAUGGAUCUCCAUGAACAUAGGGAGGAGCAUUUUAUGUGAAUAAUUUACCUUUUGGCUUAUGUACCAUUUGCUUUCAGGAUUUCUGUGGGGACCUGAGUAAGAAUUUAUGCGACCAUAAAGUAGCCCGUUGCUAACAUUAAGCUGCUUUAUUGUGGAUUGGAUCUCAUCUACACGGACAAAAGCAUCGUCAUCUGUUUUCAUCACAUACUUGGCUGAUACAGCAGUGGUCUGAUCAAACAAAUCACAGUUAAGCACAAUGAAACACGAGAAGCAGGGAAUGGAGAAGUUUAACUUAAUGAUGAUAGUGUUUACCCCAUAGAUGCAUAUUGCUAGUGUCUUCCAUGUUAUCAGGCUGUAGUAAUCAACAAAGGGCAACACCUGGAUGUCACCAUAUGUGCGUGCCUCAUUCCAGAGUUCCUCGUUUACCAUGAGGCCAACAAAAAAACGUACUGCUACUGCUCCUUGGCGCACUGCAUCAUAUUGCAUCCAUGUUCUUCUAAUUGCCAUCCUACGCUUGAAGUUGUUUGCUGUUGAAAAGAUGCCAAUCAGAAGGUCGACAUCUUUGCCAUCUGGAAUAGGUGGUGACUUCAGCAUUUCAACAUUAGAGUUCUCCAAGUCUUCUGAUGUGGGCAAGCCGCUUGCAAUCGCACUUACAAGUUUAAAAUCACCAGAAAUUAUCACUUCAGUAAUAAACCAAGGUUCCAACCCCUAAAAACAGAAGCACCAGUUAGUUAGGAUUGGUCUUAUAUCAGUUUUUUUUUAUGAUCCACAUGCAAGAAAGUUACCGCUCUAUAUGCAAAUGAAGUGAUGUGUUUUCCAUCUACUGUCAUAUGGAUCCCCUCCGAUCCUACACGGAGGGUUGCAAUAGCAAGGUAUCCCUGUUUAAAUGGAAAAUAUGUGCUUGGUUCUCUAUGUUUCUUGGCAGCUGCAUGAUGUUUUGAGUUCAUUAUGUCCCUGUCUUCUCUGCCCACCAUUGCAUUACAUCUCUUCAAGUCGUCCACUGUAGAAGAUGUUGCAUCAGUAGUGUGCAAGGAUAUUAGCUCUUGUAUGCAAGAGAUAAGUAAGUUUGAAGUACCUUCAGUUGCAUUGUGAGAGUUAGUGCUGGGGCAGCGUUCCUCAACUCCCCAGCCAUUGUUCCCAGUGAAGGUAUUCUGCACUAUGACUGGAUCUUUAGUAAUUUUAUCACCAUUUAAAUGGACAUUGUACUGCAGUACAAUAGGAUUUUCAGAUUCCCCUGGAAGUGCUGUCCCGACAAGAUCAAUCCAAAAGUUACCAGAGAGGACUCCAGGAGUGCCUAUAAGAGUGAUCGAAGAACCUACAAUCAGCCCACAAGGUACUUCAAUGGUGAAAGAAUCGGUCUCCAACUUGGAAGCGUCCAUUCUGCGAAUUGAUUCUCCCAUCGUUGAUCGCCUCGCUUGCAUGAGGAAGGCCAUUGGUGAUGUUGGUUAGUUGCUUCAUCUGAUUCCAUGUGUCUAGCCACUGAAACACUUCAGGAGAGAUGUUCCCAAAAUCCAAGCUAUUUGAAGUUGAAGCAUUUGCUGCUGCUGCUUCUGGAGUGGUUUCUUGUGCAGCCACUGGGCUGUUGAACCAUUCGAGGGGGUUUGUGUGGAGGAUUUGAUACUGAGAUAUCCCUGAAGUUGGGCUGUUCACUAUCAAAUACCGCACAAUCACCAGAGAGAAGAAUGUAAUCGAAACUGUAGUGGCGAGCUUAUUUGUCAUCCACAUCUUUGGUUGCCUUUUCUCUGCUGCUGUGGCGAUCACAGUCACACCAUACCUUGGCUUCAAUGGGAUAUUAGGAGCCCUCUACUCUUUAUCCUCCCCUUCUGGUCAAGGUACAGGCCGGAUAGCACGUGCCAGUGCACUAGAUGUUAUUCCUCCAGUUUGAUCAAUUUUCCUGUUACGGAAUUCAAGUGUACUAUUAUAAGUCAACUUUUCAGAGCACACCAAGAACAGAAAAUACGAAUUCAGCUAAGUUCGCUCUCUCUCUA